AUGUUUUCUGAUUAAGAAGUAAUAAGCAGUUAAAACUGCAUAGUUGGAUUACUUUAGGGAAUAGAUAUUUUUGGAGUUGGUAUCAACAUAAGAUUUAACUAGUAGAGCAAGCACAAAACAGGUUUUGGAGGUUUUAUUACCUUGGUUUUAACUACUUUGCUUCUCAUUCUUUUCAUUUCAUCAAUUUAAAACAUCAUCUAGAAAUCAAAUCCUUCAGUUAUUUAUCAGGAAGAUUUUGUUUCUAAUCCAUCAAGGUAUAACUUAACUAGUGAGAACUUUUCGUUUGCAAUCACUUUACUUGAUGCUAGCUUUAAUCCUAUUAAUGACAAAAGCAUUUUUAGAAUUGAAGGUAAUUUUCUGUAUAAAGAACCACAAAUAAAUUCUGAUGGUAGUGUAGGAGAACCUGUUUUUAAGAAUAAAGUGAUUGAAUUUGAACUCUGUACUGAAUAGAGCUUUUAAGUCUAAGGUACUGAAAGUUACUUCUUGAGUUUACAAUAUUAAAGUAUGUAUUGCUUUAAAAACAUCGACGAUUACUAUCUCGUUGGACAAUUUGAAAAGGACGAAUUCUCUGUGAUUUAAAUUAAUGUUAUUCCUUGUGAUUAAUCUGAUCCCAAUAACUAAGUUUAAUGCAUGGAGGAGUCUAAAAAGAAAUAAAUCCUUUCAUAAUCACUAUUACAGGUGUAUUACAUCACUCGAAUAGUAUAAGUCAGUAGCAAAUCGUAACCAUUCAAGCCUAUGGGAAUCACUUAUUUUUGGGAAAAUAAUAUCGACUUUUAGUAGAAUAUAAGCUUAAUGUUUAUGAAAACAUACGUUUUAGAUGAUGACGGCUUGAUAUUUGAAAAUAAUGUCUAAAACAACUCUUUACUAUUUAGCAGCGAGCGUACUAUGUUGUCGAGUAAGAAGGAUUUUUCAAUUUAUUAAAUAAGCUUGUAUUUGGAAAAAAACAAAGAGAAGACUUACAUAAGAAAAUACUAAAAGAUUUUUGAUUGCUUUUCUUCUAUUGGAGGUAUCUAUAAUGUCUUGUUUGCAAUAGGAUGCAUAUUAGUUUAACCAUAUUCAUAAAUUUAACUAAAUAGAAAACUCUUUAAUCAAACUUUUAAAGUUAGUAAUAGUUAUUAGGAAAAUCAAAUGAAUGAUAGUAAAAGUUCAAACACAUCUAAUAAAACAGAUAAUAACAUUGAAUCAAAAAAUAAAACCCUAAAAAAUCAGGCAGAUCUCUCUUACAAAAGCAACAAAUACAAAACCUAAAAACUUUAAAAGGCAAACAUAUUUUUCUAGAACUGCUAAGAAGAAGCAGAAAUGUAAAAUUAAGAAUAAAAGAAAUCAAUUAUCAACAUGCUCAAAUCGAAAUUUAUAGGAAUUAAAAUAAAAAGUAGUGAAUAUCUUGCCUAUUAUUUUAAUUGCUUUAAAAUCUUUAACAAUGAGAAGCUUGAAAUAAUAAAUUUUGGAACAAAACAGAUACUAAAUUAUACAGAUAUUUGUUUUAUAGUAAAUAAAUUGAUUGAAUUAGAAAAGUUAAAAGCAUUACUUCUUAAUGAAUAAUAAAUUUAUUUAUUUGAUUUCAUCCCUAAGCCUUAAAUUGAUAUAAGCAUCAUAAGAGAAAUUUAAUAAAACUAAAAUGAAAGAGUUUCAAAUAUAAAAUUAUAGAACUCAAUUUAAUAAUAGCAAGAUAAAACAUAAAAAAUAAAAAAUGAAAUCUAAAGCGAAUUAAAUAAGCAGUUUAACAUACUUUCAAUCCAAACAAAAACAACAUAUGAAAAGGCAAAGGAUGCAUAAUAGGCAUUUAACUAGAUUUACAGAGAUAAGCAAAAGAACUCCAAAAUAGAUUUAAAAUUAAUCUAAUUACUUGACUAAGAACUCGUAGAAUUAUUUGAUGGUAAUGCAUUUUAAGAAAAGAAUUUACAUACAACAUUAUCAUUUAAUCAGCAAAUAAGUAAUGUAAAAUAAAAACAUAAUCCUUACUACUCACCCGUAUAUAGUAGGCGUGAUAGAUUGUUAUCAAAUAAAAUUCCAACUCAAUUUAGUAAUGUUUUAAAUUUCAAUGAAGAACUAAAAAAUAGAAAAUCUAAUGAUGAAGAGUUUUCCUAAAGUGAAGAUGUGACAGAAACAGAUACCAAAUUGUAAACUUACUAUCCUAGAGCUAAAAAUUUCAUUCAAAUUACUAAUCUAAGAAAUCUAACAAUACAGAAAGAAAUAGAAUCAUCAAUUUUGCAGAAAAAAGAUAUAAAAAAUGAAAAUUUUUGA